UCCCGUUUAUAGCAAAGUCGCAACUUAUCCAGGUUACAGACGCAGUGCACUUUUUGUAAAAGAGUAGACAUGGGGACCCCGGUGUGAUGGUACACUUGUGAAUCCCCUUCAUACAGGGAGAAGAGACCAGAAGGUCGCAGUGAUGUUCUUUUGGUCACGGUCGCUUUCCCCCUUUCAGAUAAAGGUGACGUAAUUCACGUUAUUGUGAUGAUCAAAUCUUUAUCGAUGCGUAAUCGUUAAAAAACGUCUUCAAUUUUCUGCUAAUUACAGGUCUACCGAUGACUACCGUUUAUGCUGCCUCUUCAAGAACAUCACGUGUUCAGUCAUCACCCCAACACCGCUCGAUUCCUGCUCCAGUCUUACCCAUAACAACAUUCUUAGAGUAGCAAUGUGGAUCACUGGAUUCGGAGCUCUCUUGGGAAAUUUCGUUGUCAUUUUCGUCCGUUUCAGAGAGGAACAGCACAACCGAAACAGCGUUCAAAGGCUCUUCAUCACCAACCUAGCCUUCGCUGAUUUCCUAAUGGGUGUGUAUAUGGUGACGAUCGCCUCGGUGGACAUUUACUAUGGCGAGAGGUACUUCCUUUCGGCACCCAUCUGGCGGGAGUCCCAACUUUGCCGGUUUGCUGGGUUUGUGGCUCUUCUCUCCAGCGAGAGCUCGGUUUUCCUGCUUGCACUCAUUACAAUCGACCGUUUUAUCUGUAUUACAUUUCCUUUUGGGACGGUGCGUUUCCGCUCUCGGUCGGGGCGGAUUGGCGUUGGGCUCGUCUGGACCCUGACCUUCAUCCUAAGUUUGGCACCAAUCAUGAUUGGACUGUACGAUUCUGAGAUCUAUGGCUUGUCCGACGUUUGUCUGGGUCUCCCUUUCAACACCUUCACCGAGCAGAAAGGACGCAUCCGCUACGUCCAUGAGUCAGACGUAUACCAGUUCAUCCCCGAGGAGGAACCUGAGCAGCGUCCUAACUGGCUGUAUUCCAUCGCUCUCUUUCUGGGUGUCAACUUCAUUCUUCUCAUCCUAAUCUUCAUUUGCUACAUAGCCAUCUUUGUCCAAGUUCGAAGGUCGGCGAAGAUCGCUGGAACGGAGCGUAUGAAGCGAGAGAUUCGCAUGACCACCAAAAUGGCGCUGAUCGUCGGUACUGAUUUCUGCUGUUGGAUGCCCGUCAUUAUCAUGGGGAUUCUGUCACAGACCGGUGCCACAGAGCUACCGGUCUCUCUUUAUGCUUGGGCCGUUGUCUUUAUCUUACCCAUCAACUCGACGCUAAACCCUUACCUGUAUUCCUUAAUUGCUCUGUUCUCACGUAAGAAGAAGGACGGCUUUCCGUUGACGGGUCUAAGUGUGAACGCACUAUCGAAAAGUAAUCACUAAACUUUAAUAAUCUGAUUCUCAACAAAUAUCAAAGAUACCGAUAAACUAUGUGCCUCUCGGCAGGAAUGGUCACGUUCGCAUGAUUCAAUGUGCUUAACAAUAUAGAGACGUUCUUUAUAAAAUAUACAUAAUACUAUUCUGAGGUCAUUGGCAACUCUCGUGACACAAACACAUAGAGAGAUCAAUAGCUGUUCUUUCUUUAUC